AUCAUUUUUAGGAGGAAUUUUAAGUUAUACGCUACGAAACUUGUUAUCGAUGCUACAGAACACUAAUCACCCAUCUGAUAUUUUGAAUCGAAGUGGCUUUGAUAAACAGUAUGAGGAAUAUAAACAAGGCCUACAACUUACUCAGUGUGUCGUAAAUAUAUUUCAAGAAAAAUGUGAACUUCAGUCAAACUAUUCACGAGCCCUAUCAGUAUUAAGUGGUCGUUUACGUGAUACCGUAUCUAAAACAACCGGUGGAACUGUACACACUGCAUGGUUAAGAAUAGCCGCAGCAUUUGAAAUGGAGUCUAAAUUAAAUGAAAAAUUUGCUGAAAAUUUGGUAAACAAUCUAAUUGGUCCAUUGAAGGAUUUAAUUGAAACAUUGAAAAAAGACAAAAAGCCACUAAAGAAAUUAGUGGAUAAAGAAACAGAAAACUUGUUAUCUCAAUACGAAAUGGAAUUUCGUGCAAGACAAAAAUUAUUUUCAUGUUUUCGUAAUUAUGAACGAGUUUACAAUAAUUAUGUGAAUCGAAUAGAUCAACAGCAGCAGCAGCAACAAAAACAAACACAUGUCCACCGGCAACAACAGGGCGAAAAUAAUGAACUCAGUCACAACUGGCGCAGUCUUAGUUUGAAUCGAUCUGACACAGUUAGUCUCUGUACUAUAGACUCUACAAGCACUAGUACAUCUGAUCAUGAUUCAUUAAAGAAUUAUUCACUAGGGAAACGAAAUUCAAUUGAUUAUCACGCUAAACCAGUGACAAGUACAUCUUCCGGAUCAGUAGUAGCAGCAGUAAACACUACAAAAUCGUCUACUUUAGCAUCAGUCAACGGAAAUAUGGACUCUAGAAAUUAUCUUUCCUCACCUACAACUACUCCUGUUUCUUUGAACUGUUCACCAUCACGUUUAAGCUUUUUGUAUACUUCUUUACCACCGUAUAGAAAAUGUACAAAAAGCUCAAGUUUUGCAACAGCUGAUUUGAAGUCAAAUAAUACUGUUAGACGUCAUAAUAGUUUAUCAUCUGGAGAUGUAAAUACCAAGAAGUUAUUAACAGUAUCUAAGUUAAAGAAUGCAUAUAAUACAACUCUUACGGACUAUUAUCGAGCUUGUAUAUCAGCUGAAGAGGCUAGAAUAGACUGGCAUACGAGAAUGCUAAAGUGUUUCAAUGAUCAACAAACGUUAGAAAGUCAACGGUUAGAUGGUUUAACCAAAGGUUUAACAGUUUAUCGUAAUACUUUAGAUGAUAUCCUACCGAUUUGGAAAGCUGCUAUCAACGAAUUAGCUAAUGGUAUUAGUUUAGCUGAUCCAUUAUUGGAUUUACAAAAUUUUCGACGUCGUUCAUAUAUAGACGAAUCUCUUGAAAUGUCAUCACAACAAUUAACAACUAAUGGUUCUGAUAGUUCAGUGAAAUCAAAAAUAUCUGCUAAUGUUGGGUGUUCACUUCAACGUCUUAUUGAUUUUCCAUGUGAAAACAUGCUCCUUCUACGACAUCAUCGACUACACGAAGAAGAAUCAGAGGAGAAAUCAUCCUCGAAGUCGAGAGCAUUUAAUAUUCUUCGGAAGAAAUCGCAAACAAUUAAUGGGAAGAUUAAAGAAGGUACAUCCUCAACUUCUACUGGUUUACAAUCAACAUCAAAAUUAGCAUUGGCAUUAUCACCAAUACCGUCAGCCAGUCUACGUUCAGUAAUUCAGCAUUAUUUAACAAAACAAUCAAUGUUAACUUUACUCGAUAUGUUGGCUAAAGAUGUUGAAAAAGAACGUCGUACUAAAAAGGGGUUAACAAAUCUAGUUCAAGUAUACGCCCAUCAACCAGCCUAUACAGAUAUGAAUACACUUAUGGAAGCACGUCGUCGUUUAUACUUCUCUCGAGUACGUCUCACUUAUCUAACAUGUUGUCGCCAAAAAUUGGCGCAUAAUUUAAAACAGCUGCAUGCAUUAGAAACUAUGGGUGACAGUAAUUCAACAGGCAAUUCAACACUAACAUCAUCAGAUAUCGAAUUACCUUUGUGUUUAAGUCAAGCUGGCUUCUCAAAAUUAGUUCUAGAUUCACAUAUAUCACCUGAGCAAAGCAAUAACAAUACUGGUAUUAUUAACAGUUCUAUGGACCACGGUAAAAAGUCCUAUUUGAUUACAUCUCGUUGGGUGCAUCUACCUGAUUUGGACAGAUUGCCUAAUCAUGGAGGAAAUUUAAUCGAAUGGCCUCCAUUCCCAGUUAACGACAUUGUAAAUGAAGAUCUUACUGAUAGUGUUUUCCAAUGGGAUAUUGAAAAUAUUCGUGAAUGCCUGCAUACACAAAACUCAUAUUGGAUAUUAGAAAAUGCCAUCAACAAUGACAAUAGUCUAGAAACUCAUCAUGAAACCAUAUCGAAUUGUACAGAUUCUAAAUUAUCUGCUAAUGGACAUGAUGAUAAUAAUCAACAGUCGUCUGGUAAAGAAUUCUCAAACAAUCAGUCCAAUUUCACCGCAAUUACAAUUAAAUCAACUAAAGAUAAACGGGAUGGAAGUGCUUCACGUUCAGCGAUACCAGAAGUGAAGAAAUCCAAUGAUACUACUAAAGGUACAUUGCGCAUUAGUGAUACUAGUGAUACUAAUGAGUCAGGACACGGACGUCAGUAUACACCUUCGAAUCGAUCCUCUAAACAAGUUAUUUCAAAGGGAAAAUCACCAGAUUUGUCUACAGCUGGAGGGAAACAAAUAAAGCCUACUUCUGGUAUCUCUACUACUAUUACUACUAAUGGGGCUAAGAAUACACUACUACUACUACUACUACUACUACUACUAAUUUUUCAAAGGAUUCCCUUAGUGGGUCAAGAAAGCCAAUUAUAAAAACACCAACACUAGCAGUAGAUGAGAUUGAGGCAGAUGACUCUGUGAUAAGUUCUGUCUCGUCUCCUUCAACCGCUCCAAUCACUCGUUCGCCAUCGACUACUACUACUGCUACUACUACUACUGUGAACAGCAAAGUGUCUAAAGAAAACUUAACUACAAGUAAUUUUUGGUCUCGUUUCGGCUAUGGAUCACGUGGGACGCUUAGCCAACAACAAUCUGUCUCUAAUCAACCUAGUUACAAUUCGCUUAAGUUGGAUAAGAGUAAUACCAACAGCAAUAGUAAUAUUAUACAGUGUAAUAAUACAAUGAAGAAGAAAACAAUAAUUAAAUCGGAUAUUUCGGGACCAUCAAGUUUACGAUUUGCUAACAUUCCAAAUAGUUCUUCUACAGAUUCUGGUAACAGUACUAGUUCAAUGGAUAUUCGACCUAGUCCCGCACGUAAAUCAGUUCAUUUUCACGCUGAUGUCAUUAAAAAGGAUGAGGGUGUUCACGUUAACGACAGCUGCGAUAUGGAUUAUGAAAAUUGGUCUUCAGCUAAUUUUAAGUGUUUAGGUUGGGCAAAAGUACAACAGAAUUAUACGCCUCGUCAGUCGACAGAGAUUUGUUUACAAGAAGGUGACAUUGUCAGUAUUUAUCGUAAAGAUAGUCCAGAUUGGUGGUUCGGUGAAGUGAAUGGUACAAAGGGGCGUUUCCCGGUCAGUCAUGUGGAAGAGUUUUAAACAGUUUUUCUUUUCUUUAUUCUCCUUGGUCAAAUCACUGAGCUACUCAAAAUUUCCAUCCUCCAAUUUUCUCUAUUUCUUAAUCUUUUUUCUAAUCACAUUCAAUCAUGCAACUUGUUUUGCUUGCUUUUUCAAAUUGGCUUUCAACCUGCUAUUGUGCGCAUUUCUUGAAAGUGAGAGAUGAUUUCACAUAAGCAGCGGGGGGGGGGUCGUUAUGCUUCAUUCAAAUAGAACAGCGCAUUUGGCGUCACUUGAUGAUAUACUAUAGAUGCAUUCUGCAUUCUGCAAUUAAGUUACACUGAGGAUACUGUACAUUGUGUAAACACUUUUGUCCAGAAUAAAGUUGUGAUCACUAUUAUUAUUAUUAUUAUUAUUACCGUUAUUAUACCCUACAAAUAAUAUGUUGUUUUUUAUUUUAUUUUUUAUUUAUUUUCAUCUAAAUCAUUUUUAUUGGAGUACUUUGUUUUUGAAAUAGAGAGAGGUAUUCAUUUGUUUUUGUCAUGCUUCAAUAUAUACAUAUAUAUAUAUAUAUAUAUACAUGCAUUAUAUAAAGAGACAUUAACUCAUACAAGACCAGAUUAUCAUCUAUCUCUAUCCCUGUGCUAUUGGUAGACAAAGAGAGAAGUUUAUGAAUAAAUAUUUUUCUUGACUAAUAUCUAAUUUAGCCUUUCUUUGUUUCCACAUUUACAUUGUGAUUAUAACUCAUGUUUAUUAAAUUUAGUUAUUCUAUUACGUAACUGUAAAUAUUCUUAUUCAACUUCUCUUAUUAACAAUGAUGAUGAUGUUGAUAACAAUUCGUCACUUUUGUUACUGUCCUCUUUAGUGAGUGAGUGAAGAAAAAUUGUAUAUUUAUAAAUAAAUGCAAUUGUGCAGAUAGGUAAAGUGUAAAAUGAAUUCACGUCGAUAAGAUCCUCUUCUUCAUUGAACACUACUUCUUUUACCAUUUAUAAAUUUGUAUGAGAUCAUUGCCUUAACUUAUUCAAGAGACUUAUAAAACUAGGGAUUAAAAUCGUCUUCAAUGCUGCAUCAAGUGUUUUUGUAAAUAUACACCUCUAUAUGACUACUGUAUAUGUAUUAAAGCUCAUCUCUGUUUUAUUGUUUAUUGAACACGUUGAACCGGAUGUAUAUAAACAAAAGUAUUGUCAAUACGUGUACUUUGUAUACUGUUCUCGUUCUACUUAGAUUCAUUUUAUGAAUAUAGGGUAAUUAUUGCUUAUAGUAUUCAGUCAGAUAGAGGAUAGAAUAAUUAAAGUCAACAAAACAGAUUAUAAAUAAGUGAGACAAUAUAUAUCAAAGCUUUCUUUGAUAAUAACAAUUGCAAAGCUUGUAUUUGAAUAACUGUCAUUAUGCGCCAUUAUUGAUUGAUUGAUUCCAUUCGGGAUUCUUACUUUACCAGUGUAUUUUCCAUUUUUUUCUGUUGUGUUUUUUAUAUUCUUUUUCAUUAGUUGAUUUCGAAUUGCGCCAACUUGUUUUUUUCGAAAUCCCGUUGAAAAAUAUUCUUGUAUUCAUUACA